GCUGGUCUACUUGGAGCCAUAUAAUACACUGUUGGCGUGACCUCAAACUGCUAGAAAAAACCGUUGAGGAAAACCAGAGGAGUGCACUGGUACACUUUAUGGUCCAUCCCUCACUGUCUGCCAGUAGUGCCACAUGGUAUGAGAUGAGAGCGAACAUUAGUUUUUGUACUCAGUGACUUGCUGCUUUUCUUACAAGGUGGUUUUAUACGUACGACUCUGUGUGUUGUUCGUCGUUUCGGUAAUGUGAGAAUGGACGUUUUGGACCUGGCGUGAUCCUUGAUUAAUGAUGCUAUGAUAAAAAGGCCUUUGUGCGACCAAAUCCUGUAACGGGAGACAGUGCACCAUAAUGGCGGAUCUAACAGCGAGUGUUCCAGAGUCAAUCCCAGUAGACGUCCCUCCUGACCCCCUCGUAGUUGAACCCUUGAAAAACUUUGUGGAUAAUGCUGAGGUAUCCAAAGGAGACGCACCAAGUGUUCUGAGAUCCGAGGAAGAUUGUGAUGAAUUGACUCCCGAUCAAAGUGACGACAUCGUGUCUGAAAUCAUACCCGAAAGUCUGUCGGAAAACGUAGUUAUUGUUGAAGCGCCCUCUACUGACCAAAGUCAAGAGAGAGGGUGGCUUCAUAGAGACAUGCUGUCCAAGAAUGAAGAAGUUACUCUUGAAGUGAUCUCUGAAGAUUGUGAGGAUGUGCGUUUGGAGGGAGAGAAUCACGACAGAGACUCGGUGAAUAAUCCUGAUCCACUUGAACCCUCAUCGAAACCAGCGGAUGCCCCUGCUGGAGUUGAUCGACUCACAAACAUUGAAUCAAAUACCACCCUCGUCCAACCCCUUGGUGACCAAGUCCAAACAGAGCCUUCGUUAGCUAUCUCGGCAACCAUGAAUGAGUCAGCUACAACCCCUCAGCAUCCUACAAAGAAUAGCUCGACCCCCUCCCUGAGUAGAACAAAUAACCUUGAAGCCAAGAAGAAUAGACUUCUGGACAUUUUAAAUGCCAAAACGAAAGACCUCUCGAUGAGCAAACAGAAGGAUGUUAUUCAUGUGCCAGGAUUUGUCGGGGGAGAUGAUUCCCCUGGUAGCGUGUUUGACCUCCCUCCGAACACAGAAGUCAUUCAUCCCACCUCCACCACACAAACACCUGAGCCCCCGAGUGAAGAUUCUUAUAAGGGGUCAUCUCUGGGGUCAGAGGUCACACAGGAUGACCCUACUCUAAUUCUCAACAAACCGGUCACUCAGAUCAUGGCUAAGAGUAAACGGAAGACAAAGAAGCCGUUGCCCAACAGAUCUUCUUUGGAAAGUAUGAUCGAUGCCGCAUCAGACAUUACGGACUUCUUCAGCAUCGCAAACACUCUGGAUGACAGUGAGGAAGAUUACGUUCCUAUGGUCGUUGACGAGGUCGAAUCUAAAGAUGAACAGACAAUGGCCGAGAGCCUUCCGAUUCAGACAACCAAAUCAGUCAGUAUGACUAAAGGGACUGUCAUCAAUGUGCCUACUUCAAAAGGAUUACCAGUGGUAAGGGUUGUAGACCCUGCAUCGUUUGGCCUUCAAAGCACCACUCAAACCAACCCUCAAAUUGCAACUCCUCAAAUUGCGGUGUCGGUAGCCACUCAGCUUCCUGUGAACCACCCACAACAGCAACUGACUCAAACGACACAGCUCGUGCAGCAGAUUGUGCAGCAGCAGCACACCCAGUUUCCCAUUCUGCAGCAGAAGCUCAUCCAACCGCUGCAGGGACAGAUUCUUGUGCAGGGUAACAUCAUGCAAGGGAGCAUCCUGCAGCCAGGAAACACAGCAGGGAGUGUGAUUGUGCAGCAGCAGGCGCCACAGCAGCAACAGCAGUUUGUGCCGAUACAGUCCAUACAGCAGACCGUUCCAAUACAGUCCAUCAUCCAGCAGACUGCAGUCAUGCCCUCUGUGUACCAGAACCAGAUUCCAGUUGUUCAACAACAGCCUGCCCAGCAGCUUCCAGUGUUCAGUUCCCAACAACCCACCGGUACCAUCUUCACUUCUAGCACCCACACCCCGACCAUCAUCAAACCCCAGCAGACCGUCUUUGUCCUCCAACGCGGCGACGCUUUGAAGCUCGACAGUAUCGGGAAUCUGAUCGUCAUCGGGAAGGAAGACUGCAUCAGCGGCCAACAACCGGUCAUACAGCCAGGCAGCUCCAUACUUCCUGUGAACUCUGUUAAGAAUUUGUUGAACAUUCGAAACGUUACGUCUGUGGCUCCGCAGGAAACAGCAAUACAACCAGGAGCAACCCUUGUAUCAUACGUCAACAGCCCGAUAGUAGAAGCCAGCAGUUCUCAGUUACAGAUUUCAACGGGUGCUACUAUGAUUCCUUCCGCUUCUGUCAGUACCUUCAAUCGACCUGUGAUUCUUGGGAAGCAGCCGAUAGCCAGCGUGCAACCUCAGAGGCAGAGAAGCACCUGCCCUAAUCCCGAGUUGGAUCUGAUCAGGACAGCCUUACUCAGUCCCAGUCCGACCACACCCACAUCGAUCGUGUCAGUGAGUACCGACCCCAAACCUAGCACCGUGACCACUACUAGCUCGGAUGGCAAAGGCAUCAAGAUAUUUCAGUGUGAAAAAUGUAAGAAGCUCUUUGUUAGCAAAGCUAGUCUCUUCAACCAUUUGGCCAUGGAGAUGCAUACUAAAGGCGUUCCACAGCAUGUCAAACUUCCAUACAAGUGCCCUACUUGCAUCUCCCACUUUGCCUUCAAGGCCUCUCUAGUGUUCCACACAAACAAAUCUUGCUGCACUGACGUCAUACCCACGUUCAACGUGAUCUGCUCCAUAUGUAAGCUCCGAUUUAAAAACUUAGUGGAUCUUGAAAGGCAUAUUGUCCGAUGCCACCACAUUUUACCCGGUCAAAUUGCAGAACUCAAUGAAAAUAUCAGUGCAAACAAAUACGAAGCUCAGUACAAGAAAAUUGCCAUGUUGGAAAAACCCCACAGUGAAGCUAAAACUGUGCCACCCCCAAAAGUAGUCACCACAAAGUGGGCGGUUAUUAACAGCUCUCCAACAGUUCAAGUGGGUUCAACAAACAAAGAUGUGCCAGAGGCUAGGCCUCCAAUUAAACUAGUCGUGAACAGAAAGAGAAAGAAAAAAAGCAAGCAUCGUGGCAAGAAGCGUACGCGGUCAUCACCAGAGCAUCCGUGUAGAGCCGAGGUCUUAAAAGAUGAAGAUGCAACGACCCGGAACUUAAUAAACACCCAUGGAAAAUACCUACCCAAAGCCGCCCGUCCAUUUUCUUGUAAGAUCUGCGAUAAGGCUUUUACCUCGGAGCAUUGUUUGCUGGAGCAUAUUAAGACACAUAUCAAGCCCUUCAGCUGCAGCGCUUGUGGAUGGAAGUCUCCAAGGAAGGACAACGUCCUGAAGCACAUUCAGCAACAUCAUAACGGACCCAAGUAUCAGAGGAAGAGACAGGGCAAGUCAAAACAAAGAAGCCCGACACCUUCAAGUUCCGACGUCAGUGAGAGCAACGAGGAGGAAAGUGUAGAGGAGGUCGUAAAACACAUCAAGAAAGAGAAGAGUGAUCACCAAGAUGAUGAAGAUCCAGAUCUUGAUGUGGAUGAUGAUGACGACGAUGACAGGCCCAACGAUUAUUUUGGCAGUGGUAGAUUCCCGCCUGAUGAUGACAACGAUCAUGACAACUCUGGAAAUAGCAACGGAAAGAACAACUCUGACAAAAGUCCAGAGAAAGGCAGUGAUAGCCUUGGAGAUCAAGAGAUGGACGAAGGGGAGGAGAGCACUCAACCGACUUCAGGUGACCACAAUUACUCAAGUCACACGCAAUCAGCGGAAGACGCAGCCCAAGGUAUUGAAAUUGACAUUUUAGAAGAUGUUGACGAAAUUGAUGUACUUCAAGCUGAGUGUGAAGUUAACGAUGAUGAUGUUAGUCCGAGAUCUACGUCCAUGGAACCAGCUCAAAGCAAAGAUUCCAGUGAAGUUGGCCCGAGUGAUAGGAGUUCCAUACCCCAAGAUAAUGGUUCGUCCCAGGAAGCCACUUCCCAGGAGAAGGCAGAUGAAAAUCCACCGAAGGACACAGAAACCAGAACAGAAAAUGAUUCUUCUUCUAAUCCAUCUGGAACACAAGAUGUUCAGGACCAGUUGAGUUCUACAAGUCAGAGUGGUGAAGAACUUUCAGGCCAAAAAUCCAUCAGCAAAGAUGUUUCAAUAGACGCAUCUUUGGAGGCAGGCUGUGUUGACAGUUUGGGUCAAGAUGUACCUGAUGUAACAUCAGAAUGUCCCAUUAAAAAGCAAGAUUGCUUGGUCCCGGAGAAUGUGCCUGAACAAGAUGAGAUGUCACAAGAUGUUUGUACUAAACCUAUGGACACCAUACCAACCAGUGGUGGUACUCGACCUAGAGAAGACAAUCAAGAAACUAAUUCCUCAUCGUCUUUCAACAAACUUCAAUCUCUUUUAAAUGGAGAUGCACAAUCGUCCAAAGCUGGAGAAAGUUCGGAGAACUUGGCAAAUAUUUUGCAACCAUCUGUGGAGCCAUCAGUCAUUUCAGUGGAGAGUGCCACCUGCGAUCCAAAGACGACUGACUCCUUAAUAGAAAGUGAUGUCUACUCGGAGAGUGAUAUCCUGGAUUGGAGCAGCUCUGAUUUUGAAUCCGAGGACGAGGAAGGAGUCGAGAGAAUUCAGGCGAGACCCAUUCUGCUUAGAGAUGACGAUGCCAACCCGGCAGCAGGUACAGAGGUCAUGGAUGAGUCUCUCAUCAUCGAUGAUGACAACUUGGAGAUAAGACCCAAACACCCGAUAUUCCCAAUCCUGAAGACCAACACUGAGAAAGGAGACAUUGAUACAGUUGAUGAAGUAGAAAUUGGCGCCCCUGUACGAAACAGUUAUUACACCGUUCUGAAUGCAGAGGGUAACAUUGAAGACGGCUCAAGUAGAGCUCCUUUUGACGGAGCUUCCGAAGUGGAGCUCUCAGUUUUAGAUCAUACGGUUAACGUCUUUCCCUCGACCCAAGAUGCUGACGGAGAGGAAACUGCAAACGAGGAGGACUGCCAACUCACUGAUGUCAUUCAAGAACAAGCAAAGUGCAGCAUCAACCCUGAAAGCAGAGUUAAAACGGAAUUCUGUGGAGAUAGGGAAAGCAACGCUGCCUGUGAAACAGGCAACAUUCAACAAAGUCAGAACAUUUAUCAGUCAGACCCAAGUACAGCUUGUGAAAAUAGACUUUCGACUGAUCGAAAUUCAAGGGAAAUCUUCGCAGAUGAAGGGUUUAUUCACAAUAAGCAACACAUUCCUGAAGAGAGGACCACCACUUCAGAUAUCUCUGAGAGAGUAGGAGUGAAGAUAAAGCUGGAACCGUUUGAAAUGUGUGAAAUUGAGACGGAGAUCGACGAUAAUCAAAUGACUGCUGAAGGUGACUCCACUAAUCACUAUAACAAUGAAGCGUCGACAACUACAGCUCAAAAAAGAUCUUCGUCUCCUAUGCUUCGAAGCACUUCUCUUCCAGGACCCAGUCCACUUCCCACAAGUGAUCCUUCAAGUGCACGAGAGGCAACAUCAUCGCCCAUUUCACAAGUCUUGCCUGUUAUUUCCUCGGUGGGUUCUUUGAGUGAGCAGGUAGAGCUGAACCAAAAACGUAGGAGCGUCAUUUUAGAAGCCCUGAAUCGUCCAGGUCAGCCGUAUCCGCCUCCACCGUACGAUUCCAGAAUGAUGUAUAACUCCAUGGGAAUGCCUGUCGUAGAUCCAUCCACUGGACAACCCUUCUUACCCAGAUAUCCUAAUCCUUCCAACCCCUACAUAUCCAUGUUUCAUUCGGGAUCAUUGGUGGAUCCAAGGGGGCAGUUUUAUCCAGGCCAUCCCGGGAUUGCUCCACCAUCUAGAGUGAUGGGUUACAGACCUCCACACAUGAGCUCCUCAUUGCCAGAAGGUAGAUUCCCAGGUCCAAGCGGUUUCCCGCCGAUGAUGGGCCAAGCAGGGUACAACAGAGGAGGCUACCAGCCAAAGCACGACCAACAGCAUUUUGAUCAGCAUCAUAAGAAGACGCAGCUGGAGAAACAAAAGCAAGAAACUCUUCAGCUACAGAUGCAGCGAGAUCAGCAGAAGUACCAACUCCAACAGAUUGAAAGGCAGUGGCAGGAACGUAAUCAUGGCAUGAAAAGUCUAUCCCCAUCUCAUGCUUCAUCUCAUCGUCUCUCAGAUCCAGGGUUCUCAUCAACCAACCCAGGCUCUAGCCAGACAGACGGAUUCAUUUUCCCGAAGCAUCCGUACCAGGACAGAGUUGGAAGUAAUCCAGUAGUUAACCCUCUAACUAGAGAACCCUCAGACAGCCUAGGCCAACCCUGCAACCAGUUCAAGGCAAACACUUCCAGGCUCCAACAACAUCUUAACCCCUCUGACCCACAGAUUGUUCCCCGGAUCAGAGAACCUCAGUUAGAGCAGAAUGGCAAUAAUAUGGUACCCUCACUUCCUGCUGGUCCCCAUUUUCCACCUGGAUCACACCUUCCUCUUAGACCAUCUGCUUCGUUGGAAGCGGCUAUUCCUUCCAGAUUCCCAGAGCCUAGUAGACCAGGAUUGCAAGGUUCUAAUAGAGUUCCCGUUCAUGUUGACGAGCAUGGUUUGAGGCUACCCCGGCAAAUGAGUCAGGAAAUGAUGAAUGACCAGCCACCUCCGCUUGUUUACCAAGGCCAUCAAAAACCGCAGGAUGUGACGGUCCACAAACUGGAGCCUGGAGAUCAGGCGUCAGAGAUUGUCACUGUGGAGGAAUCAAGUGAUAAACAAGAUGUGCAGCUUUUGAAAGGAGAGAAGCUAAGUGAUCGAGAUAAAACAUCCAAUCAACAAGAGGUUGUGUCACAGAACAGUUCCAUACUUCAAGAUGUGUGUUCCCCAGGAGAAGGCGUACCUCCUUUUGUCCAACCACCGCCAAUACCUCCUCCUCCCUUACCACCUUCUCUUCCAUCUACACACAUAGAUCAUUCCAGACGGCCACACUUUGUUCUUCCCACAAACGGUGAAAUCAUGGAGACGGUAGUUCAAAGCCCUCUUUCACAUCUGCCUCAUCCAGAGUAUGUUCCAGUGGGGAAUGGAACAUUUGCUUCUCCGCCAAUUCAUGUCGGGCCUCCCCAUGUGUCUCCCAAUUUGCCAAGCCCAAGAUCAGUUCCUCGCUCUCCAAAGAAACGACAUUCCUCUUCCGGGUCAAAUGACCAUGAGUCCAACAGACGCAGGAAACGGUCUCCGAGGACAGACGAGAACCCAGAAGAAAGACCCUACGCUUGUCACAUAUGCGGGAAUCGUUUCAAGCGGUCUAACAACCUCACUGAUCACGUUCGAAUCCAUUCCAGGCCUUAUAAAUGUGGGGAGUGUAGUUUUGACACCACCCGUUGGCAGUACCUUGCAGACCACCUAAAGAAGACCCACAGUUUUGAAGGUGAUGCCAAAGAGCUUGAGAUGAUGUUCAAAUCCGGGAAGCGACUGAAGCCAACUGAUCAUAUUCCUGAGACAUGUUACCAGCCAGCAGCAACAUCAGAAACUCAACCAUCAGCUGAAAAGCUUUCACCACAUCCAGUGCGAAAUGGGUUCUCUCCUGCAUCCCGGAGUAUGGUGGUUGCGCCGUCCAAUGUUAUCAUACCUCGUGGGUCGGAUAUCGUUCAUAGAGACAGACACAGAAAGAGAAAGCGUCGUCAUGAUUAUGAUGAUGAAGACUUAGUUGAUUUCUUUGGGAAUACCUCUGGCCAGGAGGACAGUGAUGAGACGGUUGCUCCAAUUACAAUAGCGAAGGAGAAGAAAAUACAGAUCUUUGAUGAUGUUGCAUCUGGCUGUGAGAACGGUUCCCAGAUCUCUCCUGGAAACUCUCAAGCUCAGACCUCCCCGAAGGAUAGCCUCAAAUUGGACGUUACUUGGUCCAAAAGGAAACAACCUACUCCCGUAAGAGUAACUGAAGAGGAAAUGAUCAAGGAAGGGGUGACCUCGGCAUUCUCAACUGCUUUGAAGACCGUAGAGAACUGCCAGGAAUCAACUGGUAAGAAUGUUUCUGAGGAAAGUGGCAUGGAACCUCAUGUCAAGAAGGAGUUGGAUGCUACAGAAGAAUAUAUGGACAAACACAGUGCAGAGGAGAGUGGGAUUGAUUUCGAAGAGCAAGCUGACAAAAUGGACGAGGAGAUGGAUUAUGACUCGGAGGAAGACGAAGAGGAUGAAAGCGAUUGCGGGGCUGUCGAUGAUCACAACAACGGAGACUACCCUCAAUAUCCAUCAAACUCGGAUGCCAAUCAUGAUCUGGAUGAAUCCGGUGACGACAUCAGGUACACCCCGACUGGAAGACCUAAGCGGAAAACUGGCAACUACACCUUCCCGUCAAGUCUAAGACGGCACGGCGAGAAUGAAGACCCAGAGUACAAUCCGCUGAGAAGGCAGAGGAAGAAACAUGGCUUGGUCUUGAAAAUCCACAUCAAGAGGGGUAAGAGACGAGGACGACGUCCUAGUAAUAAACGUCCCCCUCCCUCAUCUUCAUCUCACGUUGAAGCUCUUUCAACUCACAUCGGGGGAGGUCUAGACCUUAGCCCUUACUACAACAUAGUAGAUGAGACCGAUGGGGAUAUGGACAAGAGACCAUACCAGUGUAUGAUCGAUGACUGCCACAAGCGUUUCAAAAGCAAACAACACAUGAGAGAGCACCUGUUUACCCACCUCAAGCCGUACAAGUGUGAUGGCUGCUCCCUGGGGUUCGCCAGGACGGACUAUCUUGCCAUGCAUAUGAGAGAGAUGCACAAAAUGUCGCCGACUCGAGCGGACUUGUUCAAUAAGAGGAAGAGCGCUAAUGGCCGUGCCAUGGCCUGCCGCAUGAGGCCAAGUAAGGACAGACGACGUCAGGAGUUGCAGCAGAGCUUUAAGAAUGGUAACAUCCCCCAGGACAUCAAGGAAUUUGAUUAGAAAUGGUCGUUGGGAAGCCACUCUUUCAAAAAACUCAAACAGAGCAUUUUUUGGUCCAGAACAAAUUACAUAAUGGUUUAGAGAAGUUGUCACUUGACUAGAACCUAGAACUAAGUGCCACAACUCAAAACCUUGCACAAUUUAUCUGCGAAUAAGUCCCAUUCUAUAAUAGUAAACCUAUAUAGUGUUUACAAAAUAGUCAAUCUGUGGGCUAUCGUACAGUUUCUGCGAGCUGUCUUGCAGUUCAGUGAGCAGGGCUAAAUUUUGGCAUCGUGCUUUAUGAUAAUCCUUGUCAAUUUUCUAAUGCUGUUAAGCAUAAAAGAAGCUGCUCAGCAGAAACUUGUUCCCAAAUCCCAAUUUGAUUAAGCCUGUAAGCACAGAAAUACUCUUGCUUAGCAAAAAAAAGGUUACGAGCUAAAAUACCAAAGAUUCACCAUUUCUGCGACUGGUGCCCUCCUCAUUUCUUGCUUAGCAUAAGAAAUGUUCAAAGCAAACAAAAUUUUUGCUCAACCGCUUUUAAAAAAAAACAGGCCCAACAUUGAUACCAUUCGGUGCCACUGUAAGUCGACAAGAAAUGGGAAUGAUGUAUUGGUUUGACUACAACUUUGACUGUUGGUAGCAUUUAACAACUGGUAAUUGUGUAUUGCCCAAGAGUUUUCCAAACCGGUUAAAAACAGUCUGGCCCAUUAACAUAAAGCAACUGAAGCAGAAAAAGCGCUUAGCACAAAACAAUUUGGCACUAGAGUAUUGAUACCGGCCAAAAUAACCAUAGCACACCCUACAAUCUCUGACUGUUUUUUCAUCUUAUUUUGCUUAAUAGCGAAAAAAGCUGAAGCAGGUCUAUGUAAAUUUUGUCAAAUGUUGUGAGACACGUGUGCUCUAAUAUUUUCAAUAUUGGCAAUUGUUUUUGGUUUUUCAAUGUCGCGUUCUCAUCAGUUUCUGAACCAAAAGAAAGUAUAGAUGUGCAGCGAAACUUCUUUAAAAAUGUUACAUGCCUUGUUAGUGCCUUCUUAUAAUAUGAAUCUAUAGAUACUUUAUUGUAGCUAGAAUCUUUAUUAUUUCUCAUUAUAAAUUUAUGUUUUUUCUCUUGUCUUGUACUUGAAUUUAUCUUUUGUUGAAAUGUCAAAACGCACUCAGUAGCCUUUCACAGGGGUUGCUUUUGUUUAUUUAUAGUUAUUCCACAUUAUUUUUGGACUUGACAGUAACCACUGUUGCAAAGAGAUAUUAGUUAUAUCACAAAAGCGCGAGUGGAAUAUGGAGAAAUGUAGUGCUUCUGUGUCCCAUAAAUCCAACGAGGCCGAAGGCUCAGAUAGCUUUAUUUCUCCGUCUUCCACAAGCUUGUACAUGUAGUGAUAAAAAAUAUAAUUAUGGUAAAAACUUGUAAUGCGCACAUAAUUGCCCUCACUAAGUGUUGAAGUCGCAGCAUUUUUGAAAGUUCGUCUUUUGUCAGUUUCAUGGACGAAGUUACAGAAUAUGAAG